CAUGCCCAGAAGAGGGCUGUCGGAGGUCCCUGUGGACCUUUCCUAGACAGAAAGCCCCCUUCUUCAUCCAUGAGUUCCAGAAGCAUCCACUGAGCCUUCCUCCGGCACUCUCUGAUCAGCUGACCUUCGCUGCAACCCCAUCACUCAUCAUGAGCAGCUUCCUGGCCUCUCUGGACCCCCGGCGGGUGCAGUGGGGGGCGGCCUGGUACGCCAUGCACUCCAGGAUCCUGCGCACCAAGCCGGUGGAGUCCAUGCUGGAGGGGACCGGGGCCACCUCAGCCCACGGCACCAAGCUGGCCCAGGUGCUCACCACUGUGGACCUCAUCUCGCUUGGCGUUGGCAGCUGCGUGGGCACCGGCAUGUACGUGGUGUCUGGCUUGGUGGCCAAGGAGAUGGCCGGGCCUGGCGUCAUCGUGUCCUUCAUCAUCGCCGCCGUGGCCUCUAUCCUGUCAGGUGUGUGCUAUGCUGAGUUUGGAGUUCGAGUCCCCAAGACCACUGGAUCAGCCUACACCUACAGCUAUGUCACUGUCGGGGAAUUUGUGGCGUUUUUCAUUGGCUGGAAUCUGAUCCUGGAGUACCUGAUUGGUACCGCAGCCGGCGCCAGUGCUCUGAGCAGCAUGUUUGACUCCCUGGCGAAUCACACCAUCAGCGGCUGGAUGAUAGACACGGUGGGAACGCUCAACGGCCUGGGGAAAGGAGAAGAAUCAUACCCAGACCUGCUGGCUCUGGUGAUUGCUGUCCUUGUCACCAUCAUUGUGGCACUGGGAGUGAAGAAUUCCGUGGGCUUCAACAACGUCUUGAACGUGCUAAACCUGGCUGUGUGGGUGUUCAUCAUGAUCGCAGGCCUCUUCUUCAUCAAUGGAAAAUACUGGGCUGAGGGCCAGUUCUUGCCCCAUGGCUGGUCAGGGGUGCUACAAGGAGCAGCCACGUGCUUCUACGCUUUCAUUGGCUUUGACAUCAUCGCUACCACUGGAGAAGAAGCCAAGAAUCCUAACACAUCCAUCCCUUAUGCAAUCACUGCCUCCCUGGUCAUCUGCCUGACAGCAUAUGUUUCUGUGAGCAUGAUUUUAACACUGAUGGUGCCGUAUUACGCCAUUGACACGGAAUCCCCACUCAUGGAGAUGUUUGUGGUUCAUGGCUUCUAUGCUGCGAAGUUUGUAGUGGCCAUUGGGUCAGUUGCAGGACUGACGGUCAGCUUGCUGGGCUCUCUUUUCCCAAUGCCGAGGGUCAUUUACGCCAUGGCUGGAGAUGGGCUCCUUUUCAGAUUCCUGGCCCACGUCAGCUCCUACACAGAGACACCAGUGGUGGCGUGCAUCGUGUCCGGGUUCCUGGCAGCUCUCCUCUCACUGCUGGUCAGCCUGCGGGACCUGAUAGAGAUGAUGUCCAUCGGCACCCUCCUGGCCUACACCCUGGUCUCCGUCUGUGUGUUGCUCCUUCGCUACCAACCCGAGAGUGACAUCGAUGGCUUUGUCAAGUUCUUGUCCGAAGAGCACACCAAGAAGGAGGGCAUUCUGGCUGACUGCGAGAAGGACGUGUGCUCGCCAGUGAGUGAAGGGGAAGAAUUUUCUGGCCCAGCCACAAACCCCUGUGGGGCCAAGAACCUCCCCUCACUAGGGGACAACGAGAUGCUCAUUGGGAAGUCAGACAAGUCCACCUACAACGUCAGCCACCCCAACUACGGCACGGUGGACAUGACCACGGGCAUCGAAGCAGAUGAGUCUGAAAACAUCUAUCUCAUCAAGCUGAAGAAGCUGAUUGGACCCCGUUACUACACUCUGAGAAUCCGCCUGGGCCUUCCAGGCAAAAUGGAUCGGCCCACGGCAGCCACGGGGCGCACAGUGACCAUCUGCGUGCUGCUGCUCUUCAUCCUCAUGUUCAUCUUCUGCUCCUUCAUCAUCUUCGGUUCCGACUACAUCUCGGGGCAGAGCUGGUGGGCCAUCCUGCUCGUGGUUCUGAUGGUGCUGCUAAUCAGCGCCCUGGUGUUCGUGAUCUUACAGCAGCCGGAGAACCCCAAGAAGCUGCCGUACAUGGCGCCUUGUCUGCCUUUCGUGCCGGCCUUUGCCAUGCUGGUGAACAUCUAUCUCAUGCUAAAGCUCUCCACCAUCACCUGGAUCCGGUUUGCGGUCUGGUGCUUUGUAGGCAUGCUCAUCUACUUUGGCUACGGCAUCUGGAACAGCACCCUGGAAAUCAGCGCCCGGGAAGAAGCCCUUCACCAAAGCACCUACCAGCGCUAUGACGUGGAGGACCCCUUCUCCGUGGAGGAGGGCUUCUCCUAUGCUACAGAAGGGGAGAGCCUGGACGACUGGGGCGGGCCCGGUGAGGACAAAGGCUUCUGUUACCAGCAGAUGUCAGAUGCGAAGGCAAACACCCGGACGAGUAGCAAAGCGAAGAGCAAAAGCAAACACAAACAGAACUCAGAGGCCCUGAUUGCAAAUGAUGAGUUAGAUUAUUCUCCAGAGUAGAAUAAACAAGCCAGAGGGUGGCAAUGGAGAUGCUCGAUGUUCCGAAACAUAACCUGCGGGCUAGAAGGGGGAACACUUUUUUGGACUCUCACUUCACAAAUCCAGUCCUCAGUCAUAGCCUAUCAUUUGCUAUUUUUGCUCUUCAGGAUAAGUCUGUGGAAGGACCUCGAUUGGGUCCCUUUGUGAACAUAAUGAUAAUCACAAUAAUAAGCAAGAGGCUGUACAGAAUUCCAUCUUAGACAAGCCAUCCGAGCGGAUGG